AACAGGUUCGUUCUUGCGCGCGAAACACGAGCGCGAGCGCGGGCUUUUCUCCCUCCAAACGACGCAUUCGGCUGAAAUCCCGGCGCAUCGCACACUACUUGUUGCACGUUCUCUCGCAACUACUUGUCUCGGCGACGCUCUCUUUCGCACCGGCUCAACACAACAAAACAAACCAUGUUCGAGGCACGACUAGCUCAGAGCGCGAUCCUGAAGAAGGUCUUGGAGGCCGUAAAAGACCUCCUGACCGAGGCGACCUUCGAAUGCUCUGAUUCGGGCAUCCAGGUUCAGGCCAUGGACAAUGCCCACGUUUCCCUCGUGUCGCUGAACCUCCGGAGCGACGGCUUCGACAAGUACAGAUGCGACAGGAACCUCUCCAUGGGCAUGAACAUCGGAACGAUGACAAAGAUCCUAAGAUGUGCCAGCUCCGAAGACACAGUCACCCUGAGGGCGGUGGAUAGCCCUGACAACAUUAUCUUCAUAUUUGAGUCGCAGAACAAAGAAAAACUGGCUGAGUAUGAGAUGAAACUCAUCAACAUGGACCUGGAGCACCUUGGUAUCCCAGAAACCAUGUACUCUUGCGUCGUAAAAAUGCCCUCCCAGGAAUUUGCCAGAAUAUGCAGGGAUCUGAGCCAGUUUGGUGAAGCUAUCACGAUUGCAUGCUCGAAAGAGGGAAUCAAAUUCUCAGCAGCUGGAGAUUAUGGCAAUGCUAAUGUCAAAUUGGCUCAGACUGCAGACUCAGACAAAGAAGAAGAAGCUGUCCUUAUAGAUAUGCAGGAACCAGUCAAGCUUACUUUUGCUUGUCGCUACCUCAACUCCUUUGUAAAAGCCACACCACUUUGUGCCCAAGUCAAACUGUCCAUGUCCAGUGACGUGCCUUUAGUAUGUGAAUAUCAAAUUGGAGAAAUUGGUCACAUUAGAUAUUACCUUGCGCCAAAGAUCGAUGAUGAAGAAGAGAAUUAAAAGUAAACUUAAACCAUAACUUUAACGUUAACUUUCCUCCCAUCACCAAAAUGGCCGUUUUCUUUUGUAUUUAUUUAUUCGAAAACCAAGCCUUGUGCUCUCAUGUUAAAUAGCAACCUGUUGUAUGUAAUUAACUUCAUAAGUCACAAUUUUAAAAUUAAAUAGGGUUUAGUCAUAGAAAUAAAAAUCACACUUUUACAAGUAGUUCGAAGAUAAUAUAUUGAAAUUUUACAUUUAAAAGUCAUUUGGCUUGUCACAGUAUUAGCGCAAUACAGAAUUGACACUAACUUCGUAGUAGGAUGACAUAAUUACGAUUAAUAAGUUAAAACGAUGUACAUUCUCACUGCAUGAUUGACUGUGACCAUGAUUUUGUUUUAUACUUAAAUAUUUUUGAUAGUAUCGCAUUUGUAAUGUAUAAGAACUCAAUAUAUAUUUUCAAAAUUUUUGAUAAA